AAAAAAAAAAAUCCAAUUCAAUAACCAUAUUGAUUGAGAAUUUGAAAUAUACGUAUUUAUAACACAACCCUCUUGGUCAUAAAUCUUGCACAUUUUUCUCCACGUUACAAGCACUAACACAAACUUGGAAAUUAAAACAAACAUGAACCCAACAUUCUAAACCACUUUCAAUAUAGAAUUCUCAACCAAAAACCCCAAAAACAUAAAUAAUUACCACCACCAUGUUCCUCUUAGAUCUAAACAAUUUAAGUCAAUUUCCUAUAAAUACCCAUAACACAUUUUCACAAUCACAUCACUCUCAAAAACACCCACAAUUCCCAUUUCAGAAAUUCAAUUCCAAAUCCUAGAAAAAUGGGCUGUGUUAUCAAACUCAUUGAUGCAAUUCUAUUACUGUUCUUCCUUUUAAUGUCAGUUGUUAUCCCAUUGUUUGAUGCCCAAAAUUGUUUGCCAAAUGAAUAUUAUCCUAAAGUUUUGGUAGAUCUAAAUUCAUGGUAUAGCAGUGAGUAUGGUGAUUAUUUGGUGGCUGAGAAGCCACAUUUCUUUGUGGGUCUUAUUUGGAUGGAAGUUCUUGUUCUUUGGCCAUUGUCAAUUAUCAAUCUUGUUGCUCUUAUUUCUUCUAAAUCGUGGUUUCGCACUACCUGCUUGAUCUAUGGAUCCUCCGUCGCCACCUCCAUGGCUGCAAUACUUUCUGAACUCUUGAGCUCAGGCAAAGCAUCAGAUAAGUUGAAAAUGGUGUACUUCCCAUUCAUGGGCUUCGCUGUGUUGGCGAUUCUACGUGGUUUGCUUCCAUCAUCAUGCAAGCCUGCAGCUGUCGGCAAAAAUACUGCAGCAGGUAGGAAGAAGAGGGCUUGAAGUUACUAGCAUUGCAACUACAAUUUUACCUUUCUGUGGUCCAUUGGAUGAUAUUCUUCCCAUUCUUGGUCCUGUGCUACAAUUAGAAAGCUCCUUUUUGAGCCUUGAUCACAAUUACUUGUCUAAUGAUCAGAAUUUUGUAUUCCUACAAUUAUUUUGAUGGCCGUUGUUCUACAGAUUUGAUUAUUUAUCACUUUCUCUUCUCUUCUUC